AUGUCCACCAUACGGGGCGCCGGAGAAUGCGACUCCGCCUCGCCGACGUCCGCUGCCGCAAGGGUUGCCACCGCCUCCCGCGCCAGGUGCCUUGCACGGCGUGCAUGUCGUGCCAUGGCCUCGUGGGACGAUGGUGCGUCCCCAAUAUCGGCGCGCCACCAGAGGGGUUGCACGUCCGCCAGCGCGUUCGGACGCCAGACGGACCGCACGGCCUCCGGCGAGGCAGCUACGGUCCGCCUAGUGCUGGAUCCAUGCGCCAUGUGGGCGGACGCAAUGGAUUCCCGGCGGAUGGAUUCCGAGUGCAGCCGUCCACCGGCCUCCUCCCGGGCGCGGCGGAGCGCAAUCCAGACUGUUGAGCAUGUAUUUUGUAUUACAGGCAUACAUGGCGCGUACAGCGUACAUGGCGCGUGGGCUGCGGCUGCCUCCAGUGAGUGGACUGCGUACGGCGCCCCGCUCCCGGCCCCGCUGGCGUACGCCGCCGCCCCACCGCCGACGCUCUCCAGUCAGUCCGUCGGCAUCCCUUCACCAGCGACGACUCCGCCUGUCGACCCCUUGCUGUCGCUUGGCGCCGGCUACGGCGCCCUCCUUGCGCCGCCGCCCAUCGGCGGUUAUGGUCCACCCGUCCCGGCGCCGCCCUACGAGGGCCUCCUGCAGCCGCCGGUUCCUCCGGCUUCGGCCCCUUUGGCGCCAGCCCCCGCGCCCCCUUCAUGGAGCGAUGCGCGGCAGCACCCCCCGGCGGUCCUCCCGGCACGGCGCCCUCUGCCGCCACCACCCGGCUUCGUGACUUCCUCCCCCGAGGUCGAGUCCGAGCAGGCCCCCGGGUCCCCGUCUCCCUCAUACGAGGUUGAACCCGGCACCCCGCCCGCCACCCCUGCGACGGGCUCGACGUCACCCUCGCCCGUCGCCUCUUCCACCGUCGGCUCGGCCGACGCUGCUGCCGCCGCGGCCCCCGCCGCCGCUGCACCGGGGGGCCCCACAGUCGCGGCCCCCGCCGCCGCACCAGGUGCCCCUGCCGCCGCGGCACCCGCCGGCCCUGCUGCCCCGUCACUUGGCGUGUGA